AUGAUCAGCAUCGACAGUCUGCAUAUUGGCAAUCGAACUCUGCUACUUUCGAUUGGUCUAUGGCCUUAUCAACAAUCCAAACUCGUUCAAUUUCAGAUUGUUCUGCUUUUUGUUAUUUUGACGACCUGCAUUAUAUUUCAGUUUACAAUAUUUCUUACUUCAAAAUGUACUUUGGAUCUUUUUAUUAACGUUUUCUCUUCUGCAUUUUUUUUUCUUUUUCUUGUUAUUCAAUAUACUUCGUUUUGUGUUAACAUUAAAGUUCGAUUGCUAAACAUCUAUAACGAUUUAACGGACAUGAAUGAAAUCAAUAUUAUGAAAAAGUAUGGCAGCUAUGCAAAACGUUACACGAUUGGAUUAAUGCUGAUUUUUACAAUCUUUGCACCCGUUAUAAUUUUGUAUCCAUUCUGGCCACACAUUCCGGACAUAUUAUUAUCUACAAACAAGUCUCUAUCACGUCCUCCGCUGAGCGGAAUGUUUGCAACCGAGUAUUUUAUCGAUCAGAAAAAAUACUUCUAUUGGAUUUUAUUGCACGGAUACGCGGCUCUAUUCUUAGGAAUUAUAGCAUUACUAGCAGCAGGAACCUUAUUGAUAGCCUAUCUGCAACAUGCCUGUGGAUUGUUUAGAAUUGCCAGUUAUCGUCUCGAGCAAGCAUUGGUAGUCGAUACUUUACGAAAGGGCGGUCCACGAAAUAAGAAUUUAAUUUAUAUGAAAUUGAUUCGUGCCGUAGAUAUGCAUCGCGAAGCUAUGAAAUUUUCAGACACAUCGGUAUCCAAAUUUAAAGUAAUGUUCUUUUUUAUGAUAGUAGUCGGAGUGAUUAGCGCGAGUCUCAACUUUUUUCGACUUUUUCAGGCUCUAUUAUUUAGAUAUGAUGCUGAAGAACUUUUGUUACCUUUAGUGAGCGUGAUCACUUAUAUAUCGUACAUAUUUAUAGGCGACUAUGUUGGACAAGAAAUUAUCGAUCACAAUAAUGAUGUGUUUGCUACUGCAUACAAUAUUCAGUGGUAUGCAGCUUCCCUAAACAUACAAAAAAUGGUAUUGUUUUUAUUGCAAAGAAGUACCAAGGUUUUCAGUCUAAAUAUUGCGGGUUUGAUUGUGGGAUCAUUGGAAGGUGCAGUUUCGUUAUUGAGUACAAUACUAUCAUACUUCACCGUUCUUUAUUCUACGCGGACUUGA